AUUAAAUAUUGAGAGUAAGACCAUUGUCUCUAAACCAUCGAAGUUCUUCCAAGGGAGUGAGAUUCGACUCGACUGUGGUUUCCCACUCCAAGCUCAUCCUUAAUCUUCUUCUCCAAUUACUUUCAAUCUCUUCUCCGAUUCCAUUUCAACUUACUUCUCCUGUGCUUCCGCUUCAAUUUGAGCCGAAUCUCUCCAUUUUCAGUUUUCAUUGGAGUUAGAUUUGGCUACAAACCGAUCAUACCUCCACUUUUCUUCCUCACAUGUUUCAUUGAUAUCAGAUCCAGAUUGCCUACACCAUGGGUCACGUUAACUUGCCGGCUUCCAAGAGAAACGGGCGGCAAUGGCGUCUCCUUGAUAUUGUUUCCGCGGUGUUUUUUGGUUUGGUGUUGUUGUUCUUUCUUCUCGUUUUUACUCGUCUUGGUGACUCGCUUGCUGCUUCUGGUCGACAGACUUUGUUGCUUUCUAAUGCUGAUCCACGGCAGCGUCAGCGGAUUAUGGAGUUGGUUGAGGCAGGGCAGAAGCAGGCUAUUGAAGCUUGCCCUGCCGAUGCUGUGGAUCACAUGCCUUGUGAGGAUCCGAGGCGAAAUAGCCAAUUGAGUAGGGAGAUGAAUUACUAUAGGGAGCGACAUUGUCCGCUACCUUAUGAGACGCCGCUCUGCUUAAUUCCACCGCCCGAUGGGUAUAAGAUACCUGUCCAAUGGCCGGAGAGCUUGCACAAGAUAUGGCACAGCAACAUGCCUCACAACAAGAUUGCUGACAGGAAAGGACAUCAAGGAUGGAUGAAACAGGAAGGCCCACAUUUCAUUUUUCCAGGUGGUGGUACCAUGUUUCCGGAUGGUGCAGUGCAAUAUAUCGAGAAACUUGGACAAUACAUUCCUACAAAGGGUGGCAUUCUGAGAACUGCGCUUGAUAUGGGCUGUGGGGUAGCCAGUUUUGGAGGGUAUAUGCUUGCCGAAGACAUUCUGACUGUGUCAUUUGCUCCAAGAGAUUCGCACAAAGCACAGAUACAAUUUGCUUUGGAAAGGGGGGUUCCAGCAUUUGUUGCCAUGCUUGGAACACGGAAACUCCCUUUUCCAGCAUUCUCGUUUGAUUUGGUGCAUUGUUCACGUUGUUUGAUUCCAUUUACUGCAUACAAUGCAACAUAUUUCAUUGAAGUUGAUCGCUUACUUCGCCCAGGGGGGUUUUUGGUUAUAUCUGGACCCCCUGUACAAUGGCCCAAACAAGACAAAGAAUGGGCAGAUCUUCAAAGUGUUGCAAGAGCUUUAUGUUACGAGUUAAUUGCUGUGGAUGGAAAUACUGUCAUCUGGAAAAAGCCUGUCGGAGAUUCAUGUCUUCCUAAUCAAAAUGAAUUUGGUCUUGAAUUGUGCAGUGAAUCUGAUGAUCCAAAUCGUGCAUGGUAUGUGAAAUUAAAUAGAUGCAUAAGUAGGAUGUCUUCUGCCAAGGACGAGUUCGCUGUUGGCACAAUUCCGAAGUGGCCGGAUAGGCUAGCAAAAGCUCCUCCAAGAGCUGGAGUUGUGAAAAAUGGUCUUGAUGUGUUCAAUGCCGACUCUCGGCGGUGGGAAAGGAGGGUCGCUUAUUACAAAAAAUCUUUAAAACUGAAGCUGGGGACCCCAGCCGUACGCAAUGUGAUGGAUAUGAAUGCAUUUUUUGGAGGCUUUGCUGCGGCAAUAAAAUCUGAUCCAGUUUGGGUGAUGAAUGUUGUUCCUUCUCACAAGCCAUCCACUUUGGCUGCAAUAUAUGACAGAGGCUUAAUUGGAGUCUACCAUGACUGGUGCGAGCCUUUCUCAACAUAUCCGCGUUCUUAUGAUUUUAUCCACGUAUCUGGAAUUGAAUCCCUCGUUAAUUAUCCAGGUUCAGAUAAGAAUAGGUGUAACCUUGUUGAUCUAAUGGUCGAAAUGGACCGCUUCUUGCGUCCUGAAGGAACAGUAGUGGUUAGGGACAAUCCUGAAGUCAUCGAAAGGGUAAGCCGCAUAGCUCGAGGAGUAAGAUGGACCGCCACAAUACAUGAAAAAGAACCUGGAUCACAAGGAAGAGAAAAAAUUCUUGUUGCAACCAAAAACUUUUGGAAACUACCUUGAACAUUCAAAUGAUGAUAGAGGCUGAAAUUAUAUAUCCAAAUGAAGUCAGGUAUUCCUUUUUUGAUCCAUAAUUUUUUGAAGUCAACAUAGUAGUGAAAAAUUAGAAGGUCAAGAAAGCACAAAAAAGAAAAAUGGAAACAAGUAUGGAUGCAGGUUUCAUCUGAGAAGUUGCAAAAUAGGUGGCAAAAUAUUCUUUGUUCUAGUUUCUUAAAAUUUCAAAAGGUUAGCAGCUUUAUUAUAAGUUUGUGUUUUUUUUUUUUUUUUUUUUUUUUUUUCUUUUCUUAUCAUCACCAUUGUCAACUUCUUGUAUUUGCUAUAUUUUCUUUUUAUCCCUCCUCUCUUUGCAGUUAACUUUAUUUAUAGGGCUUUUGGUAACAUAAAGUUCAUGGUGGAAAAUGGAGGUAAUCCAAAUAAAGAAUUCACAUGUGGAAGUGUUCUUUAUAAAUUUGAUCAUGUAAAUGUAUAAUUACCAAAAUGCCCCCUAUAAAAUCCUAUCUCUAUUUAUAUUUUUCUCA